AUGCCUUUUCAAAUUCCUCCACGCUCCCGGCUCGAUUCUAAGAGUCCAUUUCGCCUCUCCAGAAGCAGGAUGCCACCCUAUUCAACCUUUUAUAUUUCGGCGGAUUCUUUGGCACUAGGAAACGAAACAGAUGAUACUGUUGAUAAGGGAAAAGCAAGAGAAGAGGAACCAACUAUUCCUUCAGGAUGGUCUUUGGAGGUCGGAAGAUAUCUCCAAGACAUGACGACUGCGGCACGAGCCAAAGAUUACCAUCAUUCGCUAGGAUUUGUGAACCAAGAUGGAGAUACCAUGUAUGGUAAUGUGGAGAAUGUCCGAGCAGCUUUGCACGACCAGAAGUUUUGGAUGGCAGUUGUAGUAAUGGAGAAUGCUACAAAAGCCAUGAAUCAUGCCUAUGAAGUAGGGGAUGAACCGUAUGAUCCAAAUCAGGCGAUAUCGGUUUUCUACGAGGAAUCUAGGAAUGCACUAGUUAUUGCACAAGCGGUAUAUCCUAAAUUACUAGAUUUUUUAAACAAGUUUGUGCUUGAAUUUACGAAACAGAAACAGAGCAGUUUGCUGCAGGGAAUUAAUGGGUCAGAUGUGACCGCAUUGCAGAGACAGGCUCAAAAUCCUGUUGCAGCAGGAUUUACAGUCUUUAAUAUGGCGCCAGCCACACCAUCAACAGCUGAAGCUGCCACUGAGAUUGGAACAAUCUAUCUUAUAAUCGUUUCUUUUCUUUCAGUUCUCAUGUUCGACAAACUUAGCGAUACAAUCAUGGGAACAAUACCCAUGAGAACCUACUACAUCUACCGCAUAGCCGUCCUCCCAUUCGUUUACUUCUUUUUAUCCCUGUUCUAUCUAACCCUCUCAUGCAUGUGGCACAUACCAUUCUCUCUUCACUUUGGUUCAGCCGGCUAUGUUCUCUACUGGAUGCUUUCCUGGAUCUCCAUGAUGGCCUUCGGCCUCACCAUUGAAAACAUAAACAACCUCCUCGGCAUGCCUUUCACGCCUGUUUUCUUCGUCUUCUGGGUCAUCUCAAAUGUCACCACGGGCUUCUAUCCCACGGAAAUUCUCAGCAAUUUUUACAAGUGGGGUAUUGUGUGGCCGCUGAGACAUGAUAUUAUGGGUGCGCGAGCAAUUAUUUACGGCACGAAAAAUACUUUGAGGCUAAAUUUUGGAGUCUUGAUUGGUUGGGUGCUGGUUAGUUUGUUGUUGAUGCCUGGAACGGUGUGGUUGCAGAUGAGGAAGAAGAGGGAAAUAAGAGAGGAGAGAAGUAGAGUGGUUUUGGAGAAAGUUUGGGGAGCGCCUGGGAAGGAGAAGGGUGGGAGGUUGAGAUUGCCUAAGUUGAGUCCGCCUAAUUGA